AUGGAGAAUUGCAAGAUAGUGAAUACUCCAGCUGUGCAAGGUGAAAAGCUCAGCAAAAAUGAUCAAGCAAGAAAGACUGAUGCAGGUCAAUACAGGAGUCUUAUUGGGUGCUUGUUAUAUUUGUCUGUUACCAUACCUGAUAUUAUGUAUGUGACAAGUUUACUCUCCAGGUUCAUGCACAGUCCAAGUGAAGUGCAUUAUAGAGCUACAAAAAGGGUAUUGAGAUUUGUAAAGGGAACAACAGAUUUUGGUGUUUUAUAUGCAAGAAAUGCAGAUAUAAAGCUGGUGGGAUUUACUGAUAGUGAUUGGGCAGGCAUGAUAUGUUGGAGUUCCAAGAAGCAGGUGAUUGUGGCACAAUCCACAGCAGAACCAAAAUAUGUAGCUACUGCGCAUGCUGUUGACCAAUGCAUUUAG